AUGAUGUUUUCAGACACUGGGUUCUCCAUGUACGCAAAUACCCUCCUAAAGGUUGUUUUUCUGACUUACUANAACUACUACAUCGACAUGGAGAGUGGGCAGUUUGCUCUGUGGAGUAAUUUAGUCCCCUCUACUCGGGCUCUCAUUGCUAAAGCAGUCUCUAGCCAGUUUGCCAUUUCAGAUACUCUCAACGCGCUUGACGAUCCACCGCCGCUGAAAAACCAAAUAGAAGUGGAUCGUUCCCUUGUCCCAACCGUUGACACGGUGCGUUACGCUUUUCUGGUCGCGUUGAUGGCGUUGAACGGCCAACCGGUUUUACUAACCGGAGAAACCGGUACAGGCAAAACUGCCUUGAUCCAGGACACGUUAGUUCGGCUGUCCCAAGCGGGAGGGACUGGCGCUGGUACGGGAACUAUCCUGGGUGCGGUUUUUCGAGCCGGCAAGAAAAACUUGGUGGACAGCAUUAUAGAGAUCACAUCAGGUGACGGAGUGAAAGAAGACAUGAAUGCUGCUGAGGUCGUUUUCAAUUCCAUGCAUUUCUCAGCUUACACAAGUUCUGCCAAGACUCUCAGUUUCAUUGAGUCCAAGCUGGUAAAGAGAGGACGGGAUGUCCUGGGACCAAGACCGGGCAAGAAGGUACCUUAUAGGCCUUUCUUAAUUGGUGUGAAUGGGUUAUUUUUUCAGGUAAUAGAGGGUUUACUUCAAGCACAUCCAUCCGUCAUCACAUCACGUGACCAUUGCGCACAACUUCUCGGUCACGAAGCCUCCCGAGUGUUGCACGAUCGUCUCACGAAUGACACCGACCGCCGAUACUUCUACAAAGUGCUGUCAGAGCAGCUCCAUAACGGGUUUAAAACACGCUGGACUCCAGAGGAACUGGAAAAAACGCCGCUGAUCUUUGGAGACUUUCUAGAAGGAGGCUCUCCUAACAACGCUCGAGCUUAUCGCUUUGCGAGGCAGUACGAUCGACUGCCGCAGAUUUUAGAGGAACACUACGACAGAGCCAACCUAUCCGGGGGUAGCGUGGAGCACCGUUUUGUAUUCUUCGACAUGGCCAUCCAGCACGUGACCCGAGCAGCACGUGUUUUUCGUCAGCCCGGCAAACACAUGCAGAUGGUAGGGGUGGGGGGCACAGGCAAGGCCACGGUCGCUAAGCUAGCCGCGUUCAUUGAAGACUGUGCGUUCUUAAGACCUUAUGUGUCCCGCACGUACAGCUUGGUCGAGUUUAGAGAUGAUCUUAAGAAGGGCUGUGUACGGGCUGGAGUGAAGGGUGACAACACCGUGCUGUUCCUGACAGACAAUUUAGUCAAGGAUGAAUUCCUUGAAGAUGUCACGAGUUUUCUCAGUGGAGGAGAAAUAUCCAAUCUUUUCGAUCACGAAGACCUUGAGCGUAUCUCGUUGGAUCUGAAGAGAGAGGCUGUCCGCCAGGGAAUCCAAGACACAAAGGAAGCUAUCUUUCAAUUCUUCCUUCAACGCGUCAGAGAAAAGCUUCACAUAGUCUUCUCCACCACCCCCGCGGGAUCAAGUUUCCGCCGACGUUGCCGCCUGUACCCACCCCUGAUAAACUGCUGUACUAUUGAUUGGUUUGACAAGUGGCCGCUGGACGCCCUUCAGUCUGUUGCGCUUUCUUUUUUGGAGACUUCCGAACUAAGCAAAGAUCAGGAAUCGAACAGCUCUUUAGUAGCAAGUGUCUCUAAGGUCUUCGUUGAAGUUCACAAGAGCGUGGAAGAGGAAACGCAAAAGUUCUAUGACGAGUUGCGACGCAGGUAUUACACCACUCCUACAAGCUACAUGGAGUUUGUGCGUUUAUAUCUGUCCAAGUUGAACAGGAAGCNAUAUUAAGUUUUUUUCAAUUUUUUGUCAAUCAAGAGGUAAACUUUUUCUUCCGGUGAAAACGUAAAACCGCCAUUUCUCCGCCAAUAUUUAGCCUUUUUCAAAAAUUGUUUUCAGAAAUUAGAGAUUAAUCUUCGACCAUUACUUUGAACCAAAAAUCCAAAUUUGAAGAAAAUUGCCGAGGACACAGAAAAGCUUCUGGAGCAGCUAGCCAGCGACCAAGAGGCCGUAGAUCAAGUACACAGUGUGGUACAAAAAGAGGAGGAGAUUAUGAACGAAGAAGCCGUGAGGGUCCAGGCGAUAGCAGACGAAGCUCAGCGGGACCUAGAAGGAGCUUUGCCGCAGCUGGAGGCAGCUAUCGCGGCGCUGGAUGCUCUGGACAAGUCCGACAUCUCUGAGAUCCGAGUGUAUACCAAGCCGCCCACGAUGGUCAUGACAGUACUGUCUGCAGUGUGUGUGCUGCUGCAGCAGAAGCCGGAUUGGAACUCGGCUAAGCUGCUGUUGGGUGAUCCGGGGUUUUUGAAAAAGCUUGUUGGUUAUGACAAGAACAGCGUCCCUGAUAAGGUAUUCACCCGUCUGAAGCGUUAUACUCAACACCCAGAGUUUAAUCCAGAGGCAGUUGGUAAGAUUUCAGUGGCGUGUAAGUCCAUGUGUCAGUGGGUUCUAGCGCUGGAGAAUUACGCCGAGGUGUACAAGAUCGUUCAACCCAAACAGAAGCGAUGCGAAGAGGCGCAAGUUGCUCUUGCCAUCGCCCAAGAGAACUUGCAACAAAAGCAGUUGAGCCUUCUGAAGAUCCAAGAGCAACUUCAGUUACUGCAGCAACAAUACGAUGACAGUGUAGCCCAGCUUGAGGAACUGAAACAGAAGAAGGAGCUUACUAUUAUCAGGCUGCAGAGGGCUUCAGUACUGACAGCAGCGUUGGCUGAGGAGCAGGUUCGCUGGAGCAAGUCAGUGAACUCUCAAGAAGAGCAUGCGCAGGGUUUGAUAGGUGACACUCUGGUAUCAUCAGCAGCUGUGGCGUAUCUUGGAGCGUUCACGUCGUCUUACCGUCGUCGUUUACUCUCCCAGUGGCUGCAGCUGUGUAAAGCAGAGAACAUCCCGGUGUCCGACAACUUUGAACUGACCGAGUUUCUUUCGGAACCAAUCGAGAUUCAGAAAUGGCUGAACAAGGGUUUGCCUCACGAUAAACACUCCGUCGAGAACGCCACACUCAUUAAGCAUUGCCGCCGCUGGCCACUUUUGAUCGACCCGCAGGAGCAAGCGUCCAAGUGGAUAAUGCAGACCGAAAAGGAUAACGGGCUCAAGAUUGUCAAGGCCUCUGAUCCGAGUUACCUUAGGACGUUGGAGAGCGCUAUACCGUUAGGACAACCUGUGUUGGUCGAGGAUUUAAGUGAAAACUUAGACCCAUCACUCAAUCCAAUCCUGGGUAAAAACACAAUACAGCGAGGCAAUCAAGCCAUCAUGUUGAUCGGUGACGCCGAGAUAGAAUACAAUAGCAACUUCCGGUUAUACAUGAGCACACCAUUGGCCAACCCACACUUUCUACCGGAAGUGUGUAUCAAAGUCACGGUCAUCGACUUCACCGUCACGCUAGAUGGACUGCAGGACCAGCUGUUGUCACGCGUUGUACAAAAGGAGCGACCUAAACUGGAGGAUAGCAGGAAGGAACUGCUUCAUAGCUUGGUGUCAGAUCGGUACAAGUUGAGAGAGUUGGAAGAUCGUUCCUUGUCCCUGCUUCAUUCGUCGCGCGGUAAUAUCCUGGACGACGAAGACCUUAUCACGACCUUGGACGACAGCAAGAAGAUGGCAGACGUCAUUCAUUCCCGUGUCGUCCAAUCAGAAGAGACCGAGGAGAAGAUUAACCAGAGCCGCGAGAAGUACCUUCCCGUGGCAACCCGCGGGGCGGUUUUGUACUUUGUCCUCACCGACCUUGCCUACGUGGAUAUUAUGUACCAGUUCUCUCUCCCUUGGUUCACAGACCUCUUCGAAAAUUGCAUCGAGUCGGCUCAAGAUCCUGCGCAGGCGCAACGAAGCGAGUCGCCAAUCGCGCCUGGCAGCGCGGGAACGCUUAGGCCAAUCCGUAAGGACAAAUCCGCCAUGUCGGCUGUGAACCGUCCCGGCUUCAAAAGACGACAAACCGUCGUUCGACCGAAAGAUGCAAACGCGUUGCCCGAGUACCUCCAAGCCUUGGUGGAACUCUUAACCGAAAGCGUAUAUCGAAUCGUUUCGUAUGCACUGUUCGCGCGUCACAAACUAACGUUUUCUUUCAUGUUGUGCGUGGGGAUCAUGCGUCACGCUAUGGUGAAGUCACGCGACGCACCUAUCGAUGAAGCCGAGUGGAAUUGGUUCCUACGUGGAUCAGCGGUCGCUGCUAUUACUGACAGGCUCGAGAAUGAGGAGGAGUUUGACGGGGGCUCAUUGAGGACAGCACCUCAUGUGAAAGCAGCCGGGACGAUGGGUCAGUACAUGUCUAAAAUGAACAAGUCUCCUGCCAAGUGGAUCAACGAGUCUAAGUGGAAGGAAUGCCUUCAGCUGUCAGCCUCGAUUCCUGCCUUUGCUGGGCUGUGUAGUAACAUCGCUGUAAAUGGCGCCUUUUGGAGCAAGUUCUCGGCAAGUGAAAACCCGUUUACGUUUUUAGAGAACGAACCAAGGCUCCCGGAUGAAAUAGCUACCCCAGCAGACGGUAGAGACCAUUCUCCUCAUCUUGGCUGGGACGCCUCUUCUCUCACCAGUUUCCAGCGCCUUAUCAUUGUCAAAGUUUUACGGCCCGAGUGCCUGGUUGAGUCCGUCAGGUUAUUUGUUCUCGAGAGAAUGGGCUCGAAAUUCGUCACGAGUGUUGGGUUUGAUCUGCAAGAGAUUUUUGAAGAGUCUAACAAUCGGAAACCUCUCAUCUUUAUACUCUCUCCGGGUUCAGACCCUACCUCACAGCUUAUGCGCUUUGCCAGAGAAACACGUGGAAGUGCGCUGCAUUUGGACAUGAUUUCACUGGGGAGGGGUCAAGGGCCUAGAGCUGAGGAAGCUAUCACUAAGGCGUACCAACAGAAAGGAAAAUGGGUUUUCUUGCAGAAUUGUCAUCACGCCGCUUCAUUUAUGCCUCGCCUUCAGAUGAUUGUGAGAAGAAUAUCUCGUCCAGAAACAGAGGUAGAUCCAAACUUCCGAAUGUGGCUGAGCUCCAAACCAGAUCCAUCCUUUCCAGUCUCCAUCUUACAAGCUGGGCUCAAGAUGACCGUUGAACCUCCCCCAGGCAUGAAAGCCAACCUGUUACGCUCCUUAGGGGGAGUGGGUGGCGUGGUGACCGAGUCUGUCUGGGAAGACUCGGGGCCUGGGCCUGCAUGGAAGAGACUUCUGUUUGGUUUAUGUUUCUUCAAUGCAGUUGUCCAUGAAAGAAAGAAGUUCGGAGCUCUGGGAUGGAAUAUCCCGUAUGAGUUCACGGCUUCAGAUCUCGAGGUCUCGAUUUUGAUGCUGCACAUGCUUCUUACGGAGCAUCAGGAAGUGCCUUGGAAAGCUAUUAGGUAUCUUACAGGUGACAUUGUGUAUGGCGGCCGAGUCACAGAUUACUGGGACCAACGCUGCCUUCAGAGCAUCCUGGGAAAGUUUUAUUCUCCAGAUGCCUUACAAGAAAGCUACGGGUACACAGUGGAUUAUGUGUACCGUCCACCACCCCCUGAAAUCUCGUUGUCAGUCUGCUGUGAGUACGUUGAAAACCUGCCUACUGUGGACGCUCCCGAACUCUUCGGAAUGGACCAGAAUGCAGACACAGCCUUCCUUGCUAACCAAGGUAGAGCUCUUAUAGCCGACCUUCUAGCAGCUCAACCAAGGCUCACGACGGCUGUCGGCUCGAACAUAACCAAUGAUGAUAUUGUUCUGGAUCUUGUGAGAGACACUUUAAAGUACCUCCCUCAACGGCUAUCCCAGGAUCCCCUGGCUGACCAUGCCGAUCAAACAGCUUACGUCACAGUCUUGAGGCAAGAAAUAAACCGGUUUGACAGGUUGCUGGGAAUUAUUCACACAUCGCUGUCGUCAUUGCAAUUAGCAGUUAAGGGAGAAGUGCUUAUGUCUGAGCAGUUAGAAGACGCAUACAAUGCGUUGCUCAGCAACCGUGUUCCUAAGGCUUGGGAGCAAGCAGCCUAUGAAUCUUGCAAGCCGCUUGGAGCUUGGGUAGACAAUUUGGCCAAAAGAGUCGACUUUUUCAGCAGUUGGCUGGACUUAGUCCGGCAAGAGAAAACAUCCAAGUCCCGGAUGUCACGUGAAUCUGGUAUGACGUCAACACCAACCCCCAGCCAAUCAUCGAUGUCCGUCUCUCCACCACGUGAUCAUCCUAAUGCUUUCUGGCUACCAGCUUUCUUUUUUCCACAAGGUUUUCUCACAGCCGUAUUACAGACUCAUGCUCGUGAGCGAAACGUUCCAGUCGACUCGCUAAGUUUCUGUUACCGAGUGCUGAACGAGAAGUGGACAAACCAUGAACGAGUUCACACUGAAAGCAAUGUUGAUUUUAAACGAGUUGCCUUCCAGGGUACUCCCCGAGAGGAAGGAUCUGUAAUAUUUGGUCUCUAUCUGGAUGGAGCAUCAUGGGAUUCCUCAGGGGGCUGUUUGCAGGAUUCUUUAUCUGGCCAGCGGUUUUACCCAUUGCCUAAACUGCUUGUCACUCCUACACAGCAAAACUCAUCAACAACACCUGAAGCAAAAGGAAAAGAAGACCAAGAAGACGAACUCGACUUGUACGACUGUCCGCUGUACAGAACUUCUCUUCGCGCCAGCUCUCUCACGUCCACCGGUCACACCACAAACUUUGUCACGUCUGUGAAUCUGCCGUCUGUUCAGCCAGCGGACCACUGGAUUACUCGAGGAGUGGCUCUGCUUUGUCAACUGGACGAAUGACGUCAUCUGUAUCCAGAU